GGGGCCGGGUGUGGCCCAGCUGGGCUGGGUCAGGUUGGGCAGAGCCGAGCGGAGCAGAGUCGGACAGGGUGGCUCUGGGCGGCGGGGUCGUAGUGGAAGGCGGUGGCCCUGUCGCGGCGGGGCUGCAGGGCUGCGGGGACAAUGAUCUGGGAGAGAAUGACUGCUGGCUGGAGCGCGACCUAUUACUUGGUGGAAGUUAGUGACUGCUCCAGACAAACCAUUCCAUGGGAUUUCUUGCUCAACCCAGAGACAGCUGGAACAAGAGGGCUCACUGAAGUUGAGGGCUUGCCAAAGGAAUUUCCCACACAUCACUACCAGUGGUCGUCUCUGAAAUUCAGGAUAGGAUUUGUGGACCCACUUCGCCUCAGAUCAUGGCCAGCCAGGGCCUGCCUCUUUACUUGGCCACCUUCUUGACUGGGCUCCUGGAAUGCAUCGGUUUUGCUGGUGUCCUCUUUGGCUGGACUUCACUGUUGUUUGUGUUCAAAGCAGAAAACUACUUUUUAAAGCCCUGUGAACAGGACUGCUGGCUCCGGAGCAAUGUAACAGGGUCCUCUGAAUUAAAAACACAGGAUGAGAAGUUCUCACUCAUCUUCACUCUGGCAUCCUUCAUGAACAACUUCAUGACCUUCCCCACUGGCUACAUCUUUGACCGCUUCAAGACUACUGUGGCCCGCCUGAUAGCCAUAGUUUUCUACACCUGCGCCACACUCAUCAUUGCCUUCACCUCUGCAGACACUGCCGUGCUGCUCUUCCUAGCCAUGCCCAUGCUUGCAGUGGGAGGAAUCCUGUUCCUCAUCACCAACCUACAGAUUGGGAAUCUCUUUGGCAAACACCGUUCAACCAUUAUCACCUUCUACAAUGGGGCAUUUGACUCCUCUUCAGCAGUGUUUCUCAUCAUUAAGCUUCUUUAUGAGCGGGGCAUCAGCCUCAGGUCUUCCUUCCUCUUCAUGUCUGUGUGCAGUGUCUGGCAUGUUGGGCGUACUUUCCUUCUGAUGCCCAAAGGACAUAUCCCCUACCCACUGCCUCCCAACUACAGCUAUGGCUUGUGCUCCAGGUUUGGCACUAGAAAGAAAGAGAAUCAAGCAGCUGAGCAUGAAACCAAGGAGCUGCAGUCAAAGGAAUGUCUGCCACCAAAGGAAGAGAACUCUGGACCAGAGCAGCAGCAGCAGCAGCAGGAGCAGCAGCCUCAGCCAGAGCAACACUCUUUUCGACGCUGCGUGCUCUCUCGCCGGUUCAUCUUGCACGUGGUGUGGUUGUCUAUCAUACAAUUGUGGCAUUACCUCUUCAUUGGUACUCUCAACUCUCUACUCACCAAGUUGGCUGGUGGGGACAAAGUGAAAGUCAGUACCUACACAAAUGCCUUUGCCAUUACCCAGUUUUUUGGUGUACUGUGUGCCCCCUGGAAUGGCUUACUCAUGGAUCACCUUAAACAGAAGUAUCAGAAGGAAGCCAAAAAGACAGGUUCCUCGUCUGAGGCUGUGGCUCUCUGCUCCAUGGUGCCUUCGCUGGCACUGACGUCUCUGCUGUCCCUGGGCUUUACCCUGUGUGCCUCCAUUCCUGUCAUACAGCUACAGUAUGCCACCUUCAUCCUGCAAGUGGUCAGCCGCUCCUUCCUGUAUGGCUGCAACGCUGCCUUCCUCACACUGGCUUUUCCCUCAGAGCAUUUUGGAAAGCUCUUUGGGCUGGUGAUGGCCUUGUCAGCUAUUGUGUCUCUGCUGCAGUUCCCCCUCUUCAAAGUCCCCCCUGAGAGCAACGCUGUAUAUAUAUCGAUGGGGCUUGCCAUUUUUCUGACAUUGGCUCAUCCCUUCCUGGUGUACCGUGAGUGCCGUGCUGAGAAGACAACAUCGUCUGUGGAUGCCUAGCCCAGAAGCCCUCACUUUCUAGCCUUGAGGAUACAUUUCCUACUUGAUUUUGAUGAUCCAGUGUCCACAGACACUUUGCCUACCCAGGAGAACCAUAGUAGGCAGCCACAGUUUUUCUUAAACAACAACAAACAAAAACAGAAACAAAAAAAACAAGGCAUUUAAACGUCAUCCAGGAUUUUUGAUUACCAAGAAGAGAACUUCAGUGGCCAAGUAGCUAGCCUCUACACCAACCCAAAGCAAAGCUUUAUAUGAAUUCUCAGUUUGGGAGCCACAGCACAGCUCACUGCAAGGGACAGGAAGAUAUGUCAGAGAGUCAUGCUACCCUAAAGGAUUUGGGAUCCAACUCCCUGGCUAGCCAGAAAGAUUUUGGACAGCACUUCGUAUCCUGCCUGUGAGCAAUGUCUCCUCUUCAGGAAAAGGGAUAUUUAUUGAUUUAGGGCACUUUUUAUAUAUAAUUAGCUUGGGGUUUGAGAGAUGGUUUAACUCUUAAGAGCACUGGCUGCUCUUCUGGAGGACCUGGGUUUGAAUUUUAGCAUCCAUAUAGUGGCUCACAAAAUGUAACUAUAGUCCCUCCAUGGGCACUGAAUGCUUGUGCACAGACAUAUAUGUGGGCAAAACAUCCAUACACAUUAGACAAAUAACUUCUCUAGGGAACAAUUUUAUACAAUAAUAAAGCCUCUAUGUUUAAGGCAA